GUGAUUAGAUUUUAAGUUUUAACACUUUUAACUUAACAAAGUCAAAGUCAAACUAUUAAUAGUUCAUAAUUACGUGCAUAAUAUUAUUAUAUUGGAUUGUUUUUUCGUAAUUUGGAACCUAGCCGUAGGUUACACUUUAGUGUUGUACUUGACUAACAAAAAGCGAUUCGUAAGCAUGAAAGAAAAGAUGAGUUGUAAAACCGCGAAGUGAUAAGCGUUUGCGUUUGCAUAUUAUUGUUUUCAUCAAAACGAACGUUACAUUUUUCCAGUGUUUCGCUGUUGUAUAAUGCCUAAUAGAUUAGAUCAGUUUUAUCGAAGCUUAGUAUUUUCCAAAUAUUUCACCAAAGGCUGGGGGAAACCCGAGAAUUUGAAAAGAAUUUGCGAAUUUCGCAAGAUUGUUUCGAAUCGAGAGACAUGUUACAAAUUGGUAUCGUCUGAUUAUCCCGUUUACAUCGAGCGAGAAGAAGAUGGAGGGUAUUACAACGUCAUCGACGGAUAUUUUUACACACCUUUCGCUCAUUAUUUACCCGAAGUUGUUCCGGUCGAAUGCCGAAAAGCAUACUUUCAGAUGAUAGUUCCGAAGACAUGGCAAUCAGAAAGCUAUAAACCCGUGAUUCUUCAAAUCGCAGGCACCGGCGAUCAGUAUUACUGGAGGCGUAGAAAUCUCAUCGCGAAACCUUUGUUGAAAGAUGCCGGAAUCGGCUCGAUCAUUUUAGAAAAUCCGUUUUACGGAAGACGAAAACCCGAAGAGCAAAUAAGAACGGUAUUGCAAAAUGUGUGCGAUAUUUUCGUUAUGGGAGGAUGUCUGAUUUUCGAAUCGAUGGUGCUGUUUCAUUUGUGCGAACGCUUAGGAUAUGGACCUUUGGGCGUCACCGGAUUAUCCAUGGGAGGACAUAUGGCUUCGUUAAUUGCCGCCUGUUGGCCUAAACCUCUGGUAGUUGUUCCUUGCUUAUCUGGCACAACAUCGUCUCACGUGUUCACAGAAGGAGUGAUCAGUCGAGCGUUGAAUUGGGAUAUGCUGGAAGAACAGUUUCAUUCGAAUUUGAGUUACAAACAAGAAAUCGCUAAAAUGAUAAACGUCAACGAUAAGGACGCUUACCGAGCCGGACAAGAAUUCGCCGCUCGAGCCUCGAAUUAUUCCAGUCAAAUGUCGUCUUCCCUGACCGAUAGUUCGAACGAAAUGCACAAUUUGACGAAUGCAAAUCACGCUACCGAAACGGACGACGACGAGGAUCAUCGUAGUAAACGGUCUCACCACGCUAAUAUUUUGAAUUCGAAAAACAAUUGCACAAAAUUCGCGUCUACUUGGUCUCCAUCGACUCCACGGCCACCGCACGAAAUCACCGAUAACGAUUUGGAAGCGAGCUGGGCAGCUCUCUGCGCCGAUACCGAGAAAGUAACCGAAGACGACAGCAACAAGAGUAUCGAGAAACAAGCCGACGACAAACUGUCUAAUCGUCAACAAACUGCAAGAGAUGCGAGUAACUUGGUCGGCUCUGCUCCCGCUUAUAACCUUUACACCUGCCAAUUGGAUAAAAAAUUCGACGUCUCCGACGUAACGAACGGUUAUUCUUAUAGUUUAUUAAACUAUUUGGCCAAAUUUAUGCCUUCUUCGACGACGACGACGACUGCCUCCGAAACCAGCGAUUCGAGAGCAGAAAAUUUCAACGCUGCGGCUGAAACUGUGUUGAGUGAUCGACAAGCGCUCAGCUUCAUGAACGGUAUUAUGGACGAAGUUACACACUUGAAGAAUUAUCCGGUACCGGUGGAUACGUCGCUGGUGAUUGCCGUUUGCGCCGAUGAUGACGCGUACGUGCCUUUGAAAGGUAUGUCUAAAUUGGACGAAGUCUGGCCCGGCGCUCAAGUGCGAUACGUGAAAGGAGGACACGUUCGAGCUUACGUUCAGUAUCAGAAAAAUUUUCGAUUGGCCAUUGUAGAUGCAUUCGCCAAGUAUCGUUCGACGUAUCUACGACCGUUUUAAUUACUUACGGUAAAUACUAUGUACCUCGUAAUCGCUUCGGCCGCGGCAGCCUUUAUCCUUCGAUAUUUAACAGAUGUUAUAAAUACGUAUGUAUUGUACUGUGCUACUCGUAGCAGUAAAUUCCGCAUUUAAAAAAGCUCAAGUUACCUUCCGAAACAAUGACUCCAGUAUGUACCUAGUACCUACAGCGGUCAUCAGCUUGUAAUGAAAUGAAUCUGAACGCGGCGUUCAUCCGUUGCUAAUUGGUAGAUUAUUAAAUAAACCCAAAUAAGUACGAGUACAAGCGUUUCUAGAAAUAGGUACGAGAAUAAAAAACUAAACAAUUAUGAAAGUGUACAGUUUUUUAAAAAUAAAAUUGUCUUUUGUUUCGUGUAUAA